AUUCACUUAAAGGUGGAAAACGUGUUAUUGCUAAACUUGAACUACGCAUUCAUGAAUUAGAAACUGAAAAUGAAUUAGAACAAAGUCGUCAUCAAGAAACACUCAAGGAAUUACGUAAAAAUGAUCGACGUUUGAAAGAACUUGCAUUUCAUACUGAAGAAGAUCGUAAGAAUCAAUUACGUUUAAAAGAUCUUACUGAAAAAUUACAAUCAAAAGUUAAAGUCUAUAAACGUCAAGUCGAAGAAGCUGAGGAAAUUGCUGCAAUGAAUUUAGCUAAAUUUCGUAAAAUUCAAGUAGAACUUGAAGAAUCAGCUGAACGUGCUGAUUUAGCUGAAAACCAACUUGGAAAAUUUCGCGCCAAAAGUCGAUCAUCAGUUAGUGUCAGUCGUACCUCUGAAACUCAUGAAUCAAGUGUAGCCAUCCGUGCCAGUUCAGUUCGUCAACGUUAA